ACACAGGGCUCAUUGCCCGCCGCCUAUAAAAGCGUUGGCGGGGAAAGCACCUCCCAGAGUGUUCUUCAACUUCGCCGCUCGCAAUCAGUAAAGAAUACCAUCAACCAUGACCAAAUCACUUAAAAACAUCGUCAUCGUCGGCGCCUCCUACCUCGGCAAACGAGCCGCCACAGCCCUCGCCGCCAGUCAAGCCCUCUCCGCCGCGCACCGCAUAAUCCUCAUCGAACGCAACUCCCACUUCUCCCAUCUCUUCCAAUUCCCUCGCAUCAGCAUCAUCCCCGGCUACGAGCACAAAGCAUUGAUCCCCUUUGACAAUCUCUUCCGUGAUGCCGUCUGCCAAAGCGGGAUUGUUCGCGCUGCUGUCACAAAGGUCGCGGAGGGGCAUGUUGAGUUGGAUAGGGAGGUUGCGGAGUUUGGGACCACUGUUCCGUAUGAGUUUCUUGUGUAUGCGACGGGCUCACGGCUCUCGCCGCCGGGGAAUGUACCCGGGGAGGGGAAACAGGAGGGGAUCGCCUACUUCCGCGGCAUCCAAGUCCAAGCCGCGAAAGCGAAACGCAUCGUCUGUAUCGGUGGUGGAGCCGUCGGCGUGCAAAUCGCCACCGAUUUGAAGACAUACAUGCCCGAAAAAGAAGUCCACAUCGUCCAUUCCCGGGCAACCCUCCUCAACCGCUUCCAUCCCGACCUGCACAAAACCGUCCUUGACACCUGCAUCGAAUACGGUAUCCACACCCACCUCAACUCCCGCGCCACAAUCCCACAGGGCGGUUUUCCCAACGGCCAGCACCCUUUCACCAUAACCUUAUCCGACGGCACAUCCAUCCCCGACGUCGACCUCGCGCUUACAUGCACCGGACAAACCUUCAACUCCGGCCCCAUUGCACACCUCGUACCACAGCAUAUCAAUCCCGACGGCACAGUGCACGUCCUCCCGACCCUGCAAGUCCCAACGCACCCCCACAUCUUCUGCGUCGGGGACAUCAACGACAUCCUGCGUAUCAAAACUGUGAAAGCCGCCAUCCCGCAAAUCGACGUCCUCGUCUCCAACAUCACCAGUCUCUCGCAGAACGAACUGGCGUCUGCAGUGGUUGCAAAGCCCAGGGCGGGGAUUCAUCUGACAAUUGGGGUGAACAGGGAGGUGUUUUGUAGGAUGGAGAGUCAGGUUGAGGGUGCGGCUGGGGAAGUGGAGAGGAGGGAUUUCGAGGGGGAUGCGCAUUUGACGGGGAAGAGGUUGGAGGGCAUUUGGGAGCAGUUGGGGGCGGGGACUGGAGAUAUGUUCAGGUAGCUCGUCCGGCCUGAGCUGCAUAUGUCCUCGCUUCGCUCGUUGGGAAUCAAGAAUCUCUCGCUCAACCACCGUAGGGGCCGGCGUGGCGGUCAUUGGGUUCGUGGGGCUUGUUGAGGAACGGCGGAGGGAAGUGAUUGGAAGGAAGUUGAAGGAGGUGGGCGCGGUGGACAUUGUGGAGAGUUGGAGGGAUGUUGAGGAGGCGGUGAAGACGGUAGUUGGGAGGGGACCGGCUGGUGAGGAUGGUGUU